ACAUAAUUCUUUGUGUUUUGCUAUAUGCAUUAUUUUUGUACUUGGUGAAAUGGCACAAAACCAAUAAUGGUGCAAUGUUACAGGUGGAUGUUUAACCAAAUUGCAAAUUUAAGGAAUCGUUUAUGUACAGGAAAAGGUUAUACAAUAUUGUCUGUAUAUUAUAUCCAUAAGCGGUUCUCUUACAGCGACUCUAUGACUUGAAUCAAAAUGAAAGUAGAAAGUUCCGAGAAUAGACUUUCGCACAUGUUCACCUACAAUGGGCCUUGAUGUUGCAAGCGUGUGAAAGAUAGUUAUAUAAACAGGUCGAGCUAACUUUUCCACCUUCAACAACAGGCUUUGAGGUGUGCCACAGGUAAACGAAAAGCGGUUUUCCUACAGCGACUCUAUGACUCACUCAGUGUCAAAUGAAUCAAAAUGAAAGUAGAAAGUCCCGAGAAUAGACUUUCGCAUAUGUUCAUCUACAAUGGGCCUUGAUGUUGCAAGCGUGUGAAAGAUAGUUAUAUAAACAGGUCGAGCUAACUUUUCCACCUUCAACAACAGUUUAUCAGCGUUAUGGUAAUCAAAUGUCCUAAUUGUGACAAGAAUGAUUUCAAGAGUGAAAGAGGACUCAACUGUCAUAUAUCACGAAUACACCCGAGUAGCGCAGACGGCAGAGGAUUGCGACCAUCCACUGAUACACGCGGCAGGAGGGACGAUAAGGAUAUAGUCGUUAAGGAUAUCACAUGUCCUUUUUGCGACAAAAAUGAUUUCAAGAGUGAAAGAGGACUCAGCUGUCACAUAACACGAAUGCACCGGAGUAGCUCAGACGGCAAAGGACCACGGCCAUCCACUGGUACACGUGACAGGAAAGACGACAGGGACGGAGCAAGACCAGAAACUCUUACUCCACGUCAUGAAGAUCAUGAGAGACACAACACUGACAGAGAUGUUGUAAAGGGUGUUGCCAAGGUACAGAGGGAAUCACUCCAAAGGGGUUCUCCAGACAACAUUCUGUUAAAAGACGAAGCAAGACCAGAAACUCUUACUCCACGUCAUGAAAAUCAUGAGAGACACAACAGUGACGGAGAUGUUGUAAAGGGUGUUGCCAAGGUACAGAGGGAUUCACUCCAAAGGGGUUCUCCAGACAACAUUCUGUUAAAAAAUGAUGCAGUAGGAGCAAAACCGGAAUCACGUCCAGCAAAGUAUAAAGAAUCUCCAAAACAAAGCAGAACAACCGAGGAACCCCAUGACAGACCUCUGUCAUCAUUGUCAAAUUUUAUUCUGUCGUUCAAUGCUCCAAAUUUUGAGAAAUUUGUGGCAAUGAUAGAGGGCAGCAUUGUACGCCCGAGGGAAGACAGUACACUUAGGACCGAAAGUGUAAACAAGUUCAUAGAUGAUUUAAAGGUUGUAAUGGAAAGGAUAUCAGACAUACCGUUAAAACUCUUAAAAUCGGGGUCUUACUACGACAAAACAAAGAUCGACUACAACAAUGAAUUUGAUUUUAUGUUUUAUGCUGACAUCAAAAUGGAAGCAGAUUUUACAAACUGUCCCCCAGGAUAUUGUAAAAUUCGGAAAGGAGUAACUGUAAACAAGGAUCUAGAUCCGUUUAUUGACAGGAACGGGUACCUUGUUCCCAAAUUGUACAAAUCCCAUAUGUUCGAUAUAUUUGAAAAAUGUCGGACUGACCCCAGUUUUAGAAAGGGAAGGAGAACUCAACUACAAGAUCGUAAACCGGAGAGCCCAGCAUAUACAUUACUCUUCGAUUUAGGAAUUCCCGAUAAAUCCCCAAUCGACAUUGAUCUGGUUCCUGCAAUUAGAAUAUCUGGAUGGCCCAAAACAAAGGAUGCAAGAGAAAUCCAGACUGGAAAAUGGAUUGAUAUAAGCACGGCAAAAAAAGCUGUGGAAUGUUUCCAUGUCGUAACCAAACAAUUUCCUGAAGCUCACCCAGACAUUAACCUGCUAUGGAGGGUUUCUUUCUCGCAUGCAGAAAAAGAACUUAUUCUUCACGCAGACCUGUCAGACAAAGGUUGCCGGAAGAAUGUAUUUAAAAUUCUGAAGAAAAUAAAGGAAAACAUGAAGUCUAAAAACCCAACUGAAAUGGACAAGUUUUGUAGCUACCAUCUUAAAAUGUUCAUUCUAGGGUUUUAUGAUACGCACAGUGAUUUUAGUAAAGACCAAAAAUUGGACAUGCUUAAGAAGGGUAUAGAGGAACUCGCGAAGUGCGUACGUAAGGGAGCCAUUGAGAAUUACUUCAUUCCUAAGGACAAUGUUCUACAGUCAGUCCCAGAGGAAGAAAGGCGGUACGUUGUCAGGGAACUAGAGGGUCUCUUACAAUAAAUGGUGCUAAAAUGUUACAUAAUUUCGUUUAUAUCCAAACCACAAUAUGUUCAAAGGGGGUCUAAUACAAUAAAUAAUGUUCAAAUGUUACCCUUUUUUAUAAUAAUCAAAGCCGAAUGUGUUCAAGUGCGUUCAUUACCUUUACUGGCUGUAUAGAAAAAAUAUUAUGAGCCUUAAUUUCUAUAGAAAAAUAUAUCUUUACAUUGCUUAAGUUGACCAAUUGAUCUGUCUUUAUCAAGACAUCACUGUAUGUUGAUCUGUAUAUUUGUAUGGGUAAAGGGACGCAUGAAUAUGACACUUUGAAAUCAUUAGAUUGCAUGGUGGCUCAAUUUUCGUUGAAUUCGUGGGUACCUCUCACCCACGAUUUAACAUCUUCCACGAAUAAAUAAAUUAGGACUGUUAAGUCAUAUUUCCUUUUGGAAGUAUCAGAGAAUACACGAAAUUACGUCCCUAUAAACCUGUAGAAUUAAAGCAAUCCACACAAAUUGGCCCCCACGAAUUUUAAUGAUUCAACAGUGGUCUGCGUAUGCACAUUUAAGAGCAUCAGCUUUUUUUCUAUGCAUAUUUUGUAAUAUCAAUAUGUUAACAUUUUUUAGGAAUAGUCUACCUCUGUUAUUUUUCUUCUGAGAAAAGGAGACACAAUGUGUUCGUUGCUUUGUAAGAUGGUAUUUUUGGCGUUAAACUCUAUAUAAAAUGUACAUGUAACCAAACAAGUAAGUGUUUGAAGUUUUGAAUUACAUGUAUUUUGUAAAACUAUUUUUUACAUAUAUUUCUGUAAAAUUUGUGCAUAAAAUUUAAUGUUUUCCAUUUGCAUAACUAUCCAAAACAACAGUUAAUUGCAAUUUUUGGACUUAAUUUUUGGACGUUAUCCUUUUUAAGUACAUGUGAAAAUUACCUUUUGUUUUGGAGCUUAUAUACAUGAGGUCAUAUUGUAAUUUUUUUAAAACCUGUAAUUGAACAUCCGUAAUUAUGUUUAAAGAAUAAAACUGCAUAUUAGUAUAAGGAAAGAAAGUUUAAAUUGAAAAAUUUACAUUUCAAGGACUUUUGUAAUUUGAUCAAAACUAUUGAAUGUGUUUAACAUUAAUUUUGCAUAAAUUUUUAAAUAUGUUACUGCUUUGUUAUUUUAACCCUUUAAACUAUAACCAUU